CCCGUUCGUGGUUGUAUGUCGGCUCUAUAAUAACACAACUAACCACUACAUCUUUACACUCAGAUAAAAAGACUAAUUGGUGGCCGGUUAGGCGCGUAAAAGAGGAGCUCCAAACGCACGGGUUUGCUUUUUCCCCGAAUUGCUGCUUUAAUCGAACUCAUCUCGCACUAUGCACGGAACGGCAAGACACCAAAAAUAACGGGUGGAGAGCGCAAUUACUGAGCACUUAGCAGACUGGCUAGCCUAUUGGUUACUUUAAAGAAGAAUAAGUCAGUAAAGGAAUACAGAACUUUGUUGGCGUGCACAAGGCAGGUGUUCCUGAAGGCGCCAUGGAUGAAUUUGGAUACAAUGCGAGUCGCUUCAAAGAGCAGGAGGAUCCGUUUCCAUCAGAUGACUGGAAGCGCUGUCCGUGGUGAGUGAGGAUCAGCCCAUAUACGAGCCAGCCUACCCUGCGGCCCCAGCCAUGCAUAUGAAGGCUGAGAUGAUGUCGCCCAGCGAGUUCAGCCAGGCCUCCGAGCAGAGUCCCGAGCCCACUGAGCCAGAGUGGGUGGGGUCAGCGGCACAAAACCCUGGGAAAAGGAGCGAACACGUCAAUGGAACCAGCCGUGAAUCCCCUGUCGACUGCAGUGUCACCAAACGCUCCAGACACAUGAGCAACGACGGGGCCCCGAUGCCAUACCAGGCCUCAUACCCGGAGCCGCGUGUCAGUCCCCAGACCACCACCCCGCCUAGCAAUGCCACAGAGGAGAAGAGGGUCAUCGUGCCUGCAGAUCCCGAGGUCUGGACACAGGACCAUGUGCGACAGUGGCUGGACUGGGCAAUCAAGGAGUACGUCCUGGAGGAGGUGGACGUCAUGCUCUUUCAGCCAUUGGAUGGCAAGGCCCUGUGCAAGAUGACCAAGGAUGACAUGAUGCGUCUCACUUCGGCCUACAACGCAGACAUCUUGCUCUCGCACCUCAAUUACCUCCGGCAGAGUAGCCCGACGUUCUCGUACUCAACUCCCACCAACAACACACCUCCACAACAACCCAGACUACAGGUGAAAGCAGAGAGCAGUUUUGAUGAGAUCAGCCGCAGAAACAGUUGGCCGACAAACACCAUGACUGCCAUGUCUAAAGGUUCUUCCAUGGAGCACCAACACAGCACAAGAGUUACAGAGCCUGUUUCAAGAAUUGUGCAAGACCCAUAUCAGACAUUAGGGCCCAUUAGCAGUCGACUAGCCAACCCAGAAAGCCAAGCCCUCAGCUCACCCAAGAACCGAACAGGCAAACAAAGUCCAUACAAGCUCCCUGACCCCAGCGCUCACAGGCCUGUGGGUUCAGGGCAGAUCCAGCUGUGGCAGUUCCUGCUGGAGCUGCUGUCAGACAGCAACAACGCUGCCAUCAUCACCUGGGAAGGCACCAACGGUGAGUUCAAGAUGACUGACCCUGAUGAGGUGGCCAAGCGCUGGGGCGAGCGCAAAAGCAAGCCCAACAUGAACUAUGACAAGCUGAGCCGUGCUCUGCGCUACUACUAUGACAAGAACAUCAUGACUAAGGUGCAUGGCAAGCGCUACGCCUACAAAUUUGACUUCCAAGGCAUCUCGCAGGCACACCAGAAUCAUGCGGCGGAAAGUGGGAUUGUUAAGUACCAGACUGAGAUGUCUUACGUCCAGCCUUACCACAGCCACCAGCCUAAAAUGAACUUCAUGGGUGGCCAUCCUCCGCCUAUGCCCGUCUCCCCCGGCAACUUUUUCGGUCCUCCGACUACAUACUGGAACUCCCCCAGCAGCCCCAUCUACUCUGGCUCAGCCAUGACCAGACAUCCUGCCACUCACUCCCACCUGAGUUCGUACUACUGAGGACUAUACCUUUCACACUCGGAAGGGAUAACAUGGGAGAUGAACCCAAGUGUGCUACACUCCAUUCAGGAUGUACCUGAGCCAAACCCCGCCUAAAACUAAGGUGAUAUGAUGCUGCGAAUUUAUAAGGGCAUUACAAUACCAUCAUUGUCAAGAUACUUCAAGACUUCACAAAUCAUGAGGGUAAAUUAACUCCGUCAUGAAUAGAUUGGUAUUCUACUCUGCUGAGAUCUUUCUGAAUAUACUGAUGACAAUAUAUUAAUGGUUUUUCAGAUUUUAAUGGAACCAGCAGUGUCUGUGCAGCAGCAUACUGUGUGUGUAGCAUAAUGGUCUUCUCUUUUCCCUUCAUAGGUCAAAAACGCAAGUAUUACAUUAAAUGACCUGACAUUUGUAAAAGAGAAAUUGUACAGAAUGACUGCCAUGUAGCAAUAAAGCAUACUCAUUAUGUAAAGCUAAUAAAUCAUGCUUAUAGAUGAAAA